AUGACCAACCGCCGAAUCCCCAACCUGAUUCAUUUCAUCUGCCUGAUCAAACCAGGCAAUGAGAUUGUGCCCUUCCUGCACUUUGCUGCGGUAGCAAGCGCAAAGUCGAUCCUGCGUCCCGAUAAAAUCAUCCUCCACCUCAACGGCAAUCCACAAGGUCCCUGGUGGGAGAGAAUACGCCCGUUAGUCGACGAAAUCAAGCUGGUGGCGCUACCCACCCACUGGCGCCACGACAAGCCCAUCUACAAUCCAGAGAAACCCCACCAUUACUACUCCCACAUGUCGGACCACAUCCGGCUGCACGCGUUGGCGGAGAUUGGUGGCAUCUACCUGGACCUGGAUACCAUCACUAUCCGGCCGGUCAACGAUCUCCUACAGCACGAGUUUGUCAUAGGCAAGGAGACGUGCAGCCCGCUCGACCCGGUUCGCCAUAGGCUGGGCAGUGCCGUUCUGAUGGCGGCCCCUGGGUCAGCAUUCCUCCUCGAGUGGAUGCGCCGGUACCCUGAGGUGUACGACUCCGCAGACUGGGCGUCGGCGGCCACGCUGCUCCCCGCAACGAUUUCGCAGGAGCAACCUGGGUUGCCUGUCAACGUUGUGCCCGAGACAGCAUUCUUUUCGGUGAACUGGGACGACGUGGCGGGCAUAUUCGAGGAGCCAAGGUCGGUCGAUCCCGAGGCAAGGAUCUUGCAUCUUUGGCAGAAUAUGAGCUGGGAAAAGUACUUCAAGCGCAUCACAGGGAUGGAUUGGGCGAGACAGAACAGCCACACGGUGUGUGCGACGCUUCUGUUGAAUGCAGAAUCGGCAUGGAUUCGGGACGGCAUCGACUAUGGAGAGCAUGGAGAGCGAUGA